AUGUCUCAUAGUAAAAUGUUUAACGCUCUUAAAAUUCUAAAACAGCACAAUAAUAAAAACUUUCUGAAAAGACUGCACGGGAGGACUUUCGCGGCCGCUGCAGCUUCAAAUGUCCAUACCAAGUGCAAGUUAGUUAAUGGUGUCUAUGUUAUAACCCUGGACUCUCCAAAUGUUAAGGUUAAUUCACUUAAUUCGGCGGUCAUUAAUGAGGUUAAAAAUAUUGUAAAUGAAGUAGAAAGAAAUCCAUCAAUUGAGGCAGCUGUGCUAAUAUCUGGUAAACCAGGCUGCUUCAUUGCUGGUGCCGAUAUAAGUAUGUUUGAGCAGUGUACAACAAAAGAAGACCUUGUGGAAUUAUCGAGAGAUGGACAUGUAAUUUUCAAAAAAAUGGAAUCUCUUAAGAAACCUAUUGUGGCUGCUAUACAAGGAAGUUGUCUUGGAGGUGGAUUGGAAACUGCUUUAGCAUGUCACUACCGUAUUGCAGUCAAAGACAGCAAGACUGCCUUUGCACUUCCUGAAGUUAUGUUGGGACUACUCCCUGGUGGUGGUGGCACUCAGCGAUUGCCCCAAUUGACAUCAGUACCUACAACUUUAGAUCUUGCACUGACAGGAAAAACUAUCAAGGCAGAUAAAGCUAAGAAAUUGGGCAUAGUAGACUUGUUGGUGUCUCCUCUUGGACCUGGUAUGUCCAAUCCCCAAGAAAACACAAUGAAAUACCUAGAAAAUGUAGCUGUUCAAAUAGCCAAAGAUAUUGCUUCUGGGAAAAUUAAGACAGAGCGGAAAAAAGGUAUGAUGGACAAGAUAAUGGGCACAGCCAUGCAGUGGGACUUUGUUAAGAAUUUCAUUUUCAAUAAGGCUAAGGAGCAGGUCAUGAAGGCUUCACGUGGACUUUACCCAGCUCCUUUGAAGAUUUUAGAGGUAAUAAGGGUAGGAGUUGAUAAAGGGCCCAAUGCCGGUUAUGAAGCAGAGGCACAGGCAUUUGGUGAACUAGCCAUGACUUCUCAAAGCAAAGGGUUGAUUGGUCUAUUCAGGGGCCAAACUGAAUGCAAGAAAAACCGAUUUGGAAAACCACAAGUGGAUGUUAAAACACUUGCAGUUCUUGGUGCUGGAUUGAUGGGAGCGGGUAUAGUACAAGUCUCAAUUGAUAAAGGCUACAAUGUUGUAAUGAAGGAUGCAACCAAUGCUGGUCUAUACAGAGGUUUAGGACAGGUUCAAAACGGUCUUGCUAAUGCUGUUAAACGAAAAAGGAUAUCUUCACUUCAAAAGGAUAAAUAUAUAUCGAAUCUCCUUCCAACCCUGGACUACGCAAAGUUUAACAACGCUGAUUGCGUCAUUGAAGCUGUAUUUGAAGACAUCAGUGUGAAGCACAAAGUGAUCAAGGAAAUCGAGGCUGUUGUGCCCAAACACUGUAUAAUUGCAACUAACACAAGUGCUAUCCCGAUCUCGAAAAUAGCUGCUGGAAGCAGUCGCCCGGAGAAAGUAAUAGGUAUGCAUUACUUCUCCCCGGUCGAUCGGAUGCAGCUCCUGGAGAUUAUCCGACACCCAGGAACAAGCGACGACACAGCAGCGGCCGCUGUCGACAUUGGGUUAAAGCAGGGUAAAGUUGUCAUCACCGUUGGGGACGGACCCGGCUUCUACACCACCCGGAUACUUUCCACAAUGCUCAGUGAGGCAGUCAGAUUAUUGCAAGAAGGAUUAGAUCCCAAGGACCUAGACAAAAGAACGAAAGACUUUGGUUUCCCGGUGGGUGCCGCCACGCUUGCUGACGAAGUGGGUAUUGAUGUUGGAGCACAUAUUGCGGCAGACUUGUCCAAGGCUUUCGCUGACAGGAUUAGUGGUGGCGAUCUAGGUAUAAUGCAAGACUUGGUUAAGUUAGGAUUUAUGGGAAGAAAAACCGGCAAGGGAUUCUAUGUGUACGAAAAGGGCAGUAAGAAUAAGGAAGUGAACCUUGAUGCCAUGCAGAUGCUCAAAGAGAAAUACUCGCUGGAGCCGCGCGGUUCUGUUGCGCCAGAGGAUCAGCAACUUCGAAUGGUUUCAAGAUUUGUCAACGAGGCUGUUUUGUCACUUGAGGAGACAAUUUUACAUAGUCCUCAAGAAGGAGAUGUUGGUGCUGUAUUUGGUCUUGGCUUCCCACCGUUCACAGGAGGACCUUUCAGAUGGGUGGACCAAUAUGGUGCUGAUAAAUUGGUAAAGAAGAUGGAAGAGUUUCAUAGUUUGUAUGGAGCUCCAUUCAAGCCAGCACAAACUCUCAUAGAUAUGGCCAAAGACAAAGUUACAAGAGCUGACAUUAAAUGUGAGAAGAUACUUUUCAAAUGUAAACUCGAGAGACAAGACUAG